CUCAGAGCCCAAGCAAUAUUCUGAGCAAACAUCACUUUGAAUGGCUGCCACGACCAUUAUACAAGUCGUACUUCAAGGCAAGGUCAUUGCAUGAUGCAAAUUAUUUGAGCAAGUUUACUCUCAAGUGAGAGAAGUAGCAUCAACGCUUUCCUUACAGCAUGGAACAGAAUAACUGUCUGGCAGUUAUCGAGAUACUCUCCGAGAGCAUCUUCCCGAGUCAGAUCAUGAUGGUUCGAUAUCACGAAUUUAUAUCGGUUCCUAUUUUCGCUUCAACCACUGGUAUCAUCAAUUCUUCGCAAUCUGUAUUUGUUGAGAAGCUUCCCUGCUGUUCCUAUCACCUCAGGUACCUAGCCAGCGGAGAAGAUAAGACCUCUAUCCGAGGUGAUCAAAAUGUUUAUGACCUCUUGCCUUAGUGAUGAAAAGAUUUAGGCAGCUCUUACCUAACCGUAGGGCUCUCUAGCAAGUUUAUCUUCGCAUCCUCCUCCCAAUUGGAAGCCCCUCCUCGGAUCGAGGCUCCAAGUCCUCGAUCCUUUCCAGGAGGGUCCGGUUUUGUGUCCUUAUUAGCUGGUUCUGUCGUCGAGUUGACAUGUUAUCAAACUCGACAGUGUCCUCCCGAAACCCUCUUGGUUGAAGACGGCGGUUGGUAUCCCGAUUCGCCACCCAUGUGUCGGGAUACUGUGAAUCGUGUCCCCUAGAGAAGCUGCCGGCGGACCGACUUUGUCCUUGCGUUGGUGAAGAUGGUCUUCCUGAAGUUCGUAGUACCGGGGGUCCUCUGUCAAACUGUUAGUAUGCGACGUUCGCCUCACUUCCGAGUAUAUUCAUACCUUGAAGGUGAUCGCUGCCUUUGCCGCUUUGGCUGAUUGUCGAAUACGUUCCUGUUGGGCGUACCUCGGCCGAGAUGAGGGGAAUCAUGAGUAGGCGUGAUUCUAGGGACAGGUUCGACACUCUUUCUUUUCCUGCCUGUCACAGUCUCGUUCGGUUCUGGCAAUGCGUUUUGAUUGCUGCUGGCCAUUGGCGAGGGAACAGCAGAACGGAUAGGGAGCUGUGAUACCGUGGCGCUCUCAAAGUAGCCUCUAUACAUAGUACAGAAACGCUGGGCAAAAACUUUGUUCCAAGAGUCAACCAGAGUAUCUAACUCUGGUUGACCCUGAGAGACCGCCGGCAAGCGGCCUUCUCGGAGCAACGCUCGUCGCACCAUGCACCAGCAUUCAACACACUCCCUGAGAUUUUUCCAAUUCUUAAACUUGGAAGCCAAGUUAAUAUCGAGUUUCUCGUUCAGGACUUUUGUCCAGAAAGGCGCUUGGUCGUAAUUGGGCGCUGCCGUCAUAGCGACGUACUCUUCUUUGACGGACAGGCACAUUUCUAUGGCCUGACACUUUUCGCUCGUUGUAAACGACCUUUUUCGGAUGUCCUGCGGGGGUUGAGGAGCGGUGUUCUCAUUAUUCACAUCCUAACGAAGUCAGUAAAGGGAUAUUUGAAGCAGAAGGAUACAAGUCUGUACAUUGCUAGGAAGUGAUCUCGCCUCUGCUUGAGGGAAGUCGCCACUGGAGAAGAUCGGUAGCUGUGGCUGCGGUUGCGCUCUUGGUCUUGGACCUAUUGAUAAGGAGAAGGGUGAGAAAGGGUUCUGUGAGCCGGCCUUGCUGGAUGAGGCUUCUGAUGCUUUCCCUGUGGUUGCUGAGGCCAUGUUUGUGCCUUUAGAGGCGCUGUUUGAGGGCCCGUCUUCAUCGGGAGAUUCGUCGAAGUAUAUGAUGUUACUCCGCGCACAUUCUUUCCCCUUAGGGCUUUUAAGUACCGUCUUCCUCUUACGGCCAGCCAUCUUUGCCGUCUGCGACAGUGAAGUGGUAUGCGUAAGGUGGGAGGGUGGGUAGCUUUGGUGAGGGUUAGAUGUUUGGCAGUGCGGAAUCUCUGCAGAAGUUGGCCCACUGGCUGCACUGCCAAAUAUAUAAUGCUCGCCCAGCCACCACAGUAGCUCGUCAUUAGGAUGAUUUUAGGAUGGGCUUAGGUUAGGGCAAUCAAGUCAAGCAGUGGUCUCGUUUGCCUCAUUUCAUGGAUACGUAAAGGCUCUGUUCACAUUUGCACGUAAGCGCUUAAGAGUAAAAUACUGCCUGCAGCAGCUCUUGAUAUAUAGAACUCUUGUCAUAUCAGAGUAAAGCGCAACGUAUCUGUACCAAUACCUUCUUCUGGUUUUCUCAACAUCUUAUUCUCUUCAUCGCAGUUCUAUGAGCAAGUGGUUCUUCCCAAGCACUUAUACUACAAAGUUCAAAGCUAUCGAUCAAUCCCCUUGUGCUCUCGACCUUGAGGCUGCAUCGUAGUCAAACCCUUUACGAGUUUCAAGCAAGUUUAGUCCCAACAAAGGAAUGUAGAAAUGCAACUGCGACCAAAACUCACAGAUCCUGUUCGACGUCCAAGUUGGAUAGUGAAGUCCGAAUGAUGUUGUGACGGGUGAAGAAGAGAUGCAAUCCAGAUCAAAACUCAGAUACAGUUCCACAUCCAACUUGGAUCGUGAGGUUCGAGUGGCGUUUUUGUGUAUGACCUCUGGUGACUUGCUGCCUCUAUCCUUGUCGUCGGCGCAUCUCCCGGAGGGCUGUGUACAGCAUAACUUCGCGAGCACUGGGCGUCAUGGCCUGAAAUUCGGCAGUUUCCUCCCGAAAUCUUUCCUCUGAAAUAGGGCGACGCGAGACACUUUUCUUAAAGACUAAGGGUGUAUUAGCUUCUCGCGCCACAUCAGGGGUCACAAAGAGGCCAGGUGACACUCCUGUCACCUCUUCAGACUUAGUAGCAAUAGGACCUCUAGGGGUAUCCCCGAGUUCGGUGGAAACCUUACUCUGGGCCCUAUUUCUGUCCUUUCUCUCGCUGUUUUUCUUGCUUACUCGAAAUGCAGGGCUCGAGGAGUUAGGGGCCGGUUGUGUUGUCGCGGAAGAUGCGCGACCAAUACUUGAGCUAAAAAUAUCCUCAAGAGAUGGAAGUAGCUCAGAUGAACAGGCUGUCGAUGCCGGACUGUAUUGGAGUUCGUUGAGUCGUUGCCUUUUUCUUCCUACGGGAGUCGGAGUGCUUAUUGUAGCGAGCCUCUCCUCCAUCGACUUGCUUCGGAUAGCAAGAGAAUGCUCUGCGGAAUCUGGUGCUUUUCUUUUCCGCGAUAUGACUUCUGGUUCUUCUUUAUCCACAGAACGAACUACAGCAGACGUUGUCUCUUCCUCUUUUUUUGCGGUUACGACCGUGUCUCUGUAUCUCUGUUCGUAGCGAUGGAGCUGUCUCAUGACCCGCGGAGUAACGAUUGGGGUACGAGGCUCGAUUGUAUCUAUGAUGGAGCCUCUGUAGUGGCGAUUGGUUUCAUCAGGCUCUUCAUAGGUACCGUCGUUGCUUUCGUCGGCAUAGAACUCGUCAAACUCUUCGAAGUCAUUUAUACUUUCGUCUUCAUCUUCAUCCUCUUCAGGCUUAUCUUCGAGUCUCGUCGUGACUCCGUCCUCGUGAUCACUCUCUUCUUGGGCUGCUUGAAUUUUGUGAUCAAUAUCAUGAUCAGCCUCUUCAGAAUCCUCAUGAGCACUCUCAGGCCAAUCAUUUGCCUCGCCACGAUCAGUUUCAUCAGUCUGAUCAUGUUUAAUACCAGCCCCGGGACGAUCUUGCUUAUCAAUCACAUCUUGGAGCUGAUCCCGCAAGCGCUCCUCUAGACCUGGUAGAAGAUCCAGUACCAUGGACAUGACAGCCUCAGUGUUUCUAAUCGCCUUGGAGUUUUUUCCCGCAGCCUCUAUACGAUUCAUGAGAUACCUCAAAUACACCCGGUACGACUCUGGAGAGCUGUUGGCCUUCAGAAGGGGCGGCCGGGUGAGAGACUCGAGGGCCUGCAGCCUUUCACGAAGUUUGUCUUCGGCCCAGCGUAGAAUCCUCGACUCUGCGAACUCCAUUAGUUCAUCUUUAACGCUGGGCCAAAUAGAACCUUCAAAGUCCAAUGCUUCUGUUGUUUUCUCGCUCUGGGAAUCGUUCUCAUGGCUGACCUGUGGGUUUUGACCGGCAUCUGAGGGGCAACUAUUUCGACUUUGCUCAGCAGCUUUUUCCCAUCCUGCUGCCUCCAAGAGGUUUCUGUUUUGAGAGCAAAACUUUGAAGCAUAUAAGUUAUUCCAUUGAUCGAUCAGUGCAUCGAGCUCGGAACCUGGUGCCUCAGGUCCAUCCUUCACAAGUUUGGACCUGCGUGGUUCGCACCACCUUUCCACACAUCUUUUAGGAACUUGCCAUUCGUCUCGAAGCAAUUUCUUCCCUUUGGCUGCGGACAGAACCUGCACUUUUGAUCCAACCGUCUCCUAAAACUGUUGGCUCUCUCCAUCGGAAUGAAGAUACAAGUCUUUGUGCUCCAGGCAAACUCUAAGAAGUGCCUUCUGUUUGGCCUUUUCAUGGCAACCUGGAUAUAUCACGGCCUUUGAAGUAUUUUUCUCAUCAGGUGAUUGGCCUUGCACUUCGUUGGUGGCUAUUUGCGCAGAAACACCUGGAGGACGUAUAGCUAUAGGGCGAUAACCAGCCGGUUGCAGGUCACCUCGUCUACCUUGAGACCGACUCAGAUCAUACUAUCACGAGCUGUUAGUGCAUUCUCGGACGAAUAGACUUAUCUAUGUCAGAACUCACGAUGUUGCUGCAGUUGUUGCUUUUGGUUGGCAGAGAGGGCUGGCUGUUUGGAAGGGGACCUCGGGGAGCUGAACUUGAAGACUGUGGCUCUGUUUCUACAAGAGACUCCAUAUUUCGAGAGCUAUGGUAUGAAUCUCUGCUUUCUCCUUUGGUUGGCACGUACUUGAAAGCUUUUGGUGUCUCGUAAGCCAUACCAUACCCACGUCUCAGGGAGGGCUCCCGGAACUGGCCCGGGGGAUCCUUGGUUAAUCGGUUAUCGUGAUGACCAGUCCCCGCGUCUUUGAUGUCGAAGCUGGGGUCCCGGACACAGCGUUUAACUGAUUCAAACGAAGGUAUCAUGACUGCGGUUUCAGAAUGUGUGUUCUUUGGCUUUUCGACUCGAGUCUCGGAAGUAAAGGCAGGUGAAACGUGAUGACUCAUCCAGGAAUUUGAGUCUCGACUCACAUGGCGAGAGUUUUGAGCAAGAGAUGUAUUAAUGUUUGAGAAGCGAGAAGUCUCAACGCUGAAGGAAUCCUGGCGAAAAGAUUUCUUCUUGGAGGAACUCAUGAUUGGAAAGGAGUGAAAGAAGAGGCACGGGGUGGAAUGUUCUGGGCAAAUGCAAGAAGGAAAAUGCAAGCAAAAGAUGAGCUUAAAUUGAAAAGUGAAAGCCAAAGUUGGAAAUCUCAGUGGGUGAGGGAAGAGAGCUAAGAAGAGAGAAGUGAAACAUUUGUGCCAGUGGGGAGUGGAAGAGGUUGUGGAUAUCAGAGCUCGCGGUGCGAGGCAACUGGCGGCGUGGGCAUGCAGCCUGCAGCCAAAGAGCCGAGAUGAUAGCGGGCCUAAUUCAGGGCAAUGAUCCAGUGAAUAUGAGAUAGUUUAGGCGUUUCAGUGUAUAUACCCUGUGAGAAAUAGCAUACCAUGAGCAUGUGUCUAGGGCUUGACAACGAACGUACACCUCGGGUAUCAAGAAUUGAGGAUUCUUGAGGAACUCAUGUGAGUAUUGAGGAUCUCAACUUCGGUAGUUCUCUCAUAUAUAUAGUGAAUUUCAAAAUUACUCCAAGGUCUGAAGAACGUAAGCUGCGGUUUGCACUUUAUACCACUUUCCCAUAAGAUGUUAUCUGAAUGGCCGGUUGGAUUGCACCUGAUAUUGGCAUGGGAGUCAAGCUGCAGGGUCAAUACAAUGCUAGAAGAUGCAAGGCCUCUAUAGCGUUGAACAGUUUGCCUUUGGUGUGACACAUACAAUUGCUGCAUGCAACGUGUUCCUCGUAUAGUUCAUCUUCAGCGUCUUCGAACAUCAACUCAGCAACUAGGUGUCUGCCACGAGGAACUCUUACUUCAUCUAUAUCAAAUUCUACUGCUAGCCGAUGAUCAUGCUUCACUUGUUUUCCGUUUAUCCUCCGUCAAAAUUAUCCAACAACUACUCCAUACCAAUGUCAUCCUCUUGACCAAGUCGAAGAACCAUCUACGGCCCGACCACGACAACGGAAACAACAUCUUCCAUCUUUUCUUUUAAUUCCACGCUUCGUGACAGCAUCACAAACAAGACAACGCCAAACUCAGAACAAUCACCAAGGUACGAGUGUGCCCUCCGAAUCAAUAACCUGCUGUAGUCGCUGCGGCAUGAAGUCAACCCACAUAUUGACUCUCUCCAUAUCGAACCCAGCCCACACAUCUUUGACCAUCUUCUGGAGAGUCUCGUCCUCCCAGUCCUUGGGUGCAUCCAGAUUCCACUGCUUGCGGUUGGGCCAAAGGCUGUCAAGCGGGUUGAGGUCGGGGCUAUCGCCGCAGUUGUAGUAGUAUCCGCCGUGGGCGAAGGCCUCGCAGUCUUCUUCGAGGAUGAAGCUCUGGGGGCCGGUAGUUGUGAGCCAUGGCUUGACCGUCUUCUCGAGAAUGUGGUCUUUGUACUCUUGCAUGGUCAUGACACCAGUGCAGUUCGGGCUGGUGGAAUCUUCGUAAAAGACAGCCUCACUCUUGAACCCGUAACCUACAGCUACCCAAGCGUGAGCUUUUCGUAAGUCGCGUGGCCAUUCGGCCUCGGGAGUAGUUGCGCAUGUUUCGCAGAAACGUUCACCAGGUCGGGGAAUAAGACGCAUCUUUCCAUCGAGGCCAAACCCAAAGUGGAGCUCAAUACUGAACCGGAUAGCUCUCCAGUCCUGUGGAUUGGGGUACGCUUCAAGCAUGCGUCUGGCAUAUUCGACUCGCUUCUCACGAGCCUUCUUAUGGACCCAGAUCCUCGGACAUCCCAGACAUCGUCGGUAACCCAACGUUCCCAUCGUUCUGUGCAGCGUCCUGGGGUUCACGUCAACCUCAACACCUGCUUCCUUGGCCAGUCCAUGCCAGUUCAAGUUAACAUUGACAUAGGCGUCAUUCCAGAGAAUCUUCUCCAUCUUCUGCUGGUCUUCCUCAGAGAUCUUGAGGGGUCUCCCACGCGUUUCCUCCCAUUCGGGAUCAUUGCGCUUAGACGCGGGGACGCUCAGCGCGGCAUAACCUUGAGAUCGCGACAGAUCAAAGUGCCGAAAGAUGGCUGACUUGUUGACAGGCAGGCCCUGAGACUCGAGGUACGAGAUGGUGCCUCGAACCAUGGCCUUCUUUGGCGUGUCGCCAUGCUUAUAUCCGGACGGCAUACUGAGGGUCGCGUUGCCCGUUUGUUAUAGAGGGGUUCUUGCGGUGUAAGUGGGUGGAGAGAAUGAUUGGGACGGUGGUGUGUGAAUGUUUUUGUCUGCUCUCAAUCUUCGCGCAACAAGUGGUGAGGGGUCAAAAGUUGGCGGUGAUCACGUGGCAUAGCUUGUUUCACCAACCACGUCGGCUCUUCUGUCAUCGUCAAUGGCGUUCGACGAAGCAGAUGUAUUAAAACGGUGGUCGGUAAAACGUGUAAAAUUACGUGCCAAUUGAUUUCAUUUACGGUUUGCACACACUCAGAUGCUGUGGAGCAGAUUUAUUCUUCGUCUUGCCUUAUGAU